CUCAUUUUAGGAAGAAAUAUGGGGAUGCAAAGACGACUCUUUGUUUACUUGUAAAAACUAUUAUCAUGCGGCAUCUUUUCCCUUUGCUUUGAGAAUCCUCUCCCUGCCAUUCUCCUAAAGGGUUCAUUGUUUUGGGAGAACGGCAGGGUUUAAACGACGUGUUUUGACAUAAACUGUGAUCAAAAGUUUGUAAAAAUGUCUUUAUCAUCUAAGGAUGAUCAAUCAUCCAAUUCGCCACCUUCAGAUUCAUCCUCUUCAGAUUCUUCAUCAAAUUCACCACCAUCAUCCUCAUCCUCUUCCUCAGCCUCUUCGAGUUCCCCAUCGUCUGACUCAUCAUCAAAUUCUCCUCCAUCCCAAGACAAUUCACCUUCAUCGAAUGAUUCAAAAUCUCAAUCUCCUCCUUCUCAAAAUAAUUCAUCACCUUCUCCACCAUCUGUGGAUAAUAAUAACUCAUCUCCUUCUGGUGGUAACAACAACAACAAUGACAACAACAACGGCAACGGAAACGACAACAAUAAUAAUGAUAACAAUAACAAUGGUAACAAUAACAAUAACGGUAAUAGCAACAAUAAUAGCAACAAUGGCAACAACAACAGCAACAACAACAAUAAUGGUAACAACAAUAACAAUAACAGUAAUGGUAACAAUAACAAUGAAAAUAACAACAGUAAUGGUGGCAACAAUAACAACAAUAAUAAUGAUAACAAAUCUUCACCCCCAACAAAAUCCUCAAAUUCAAAUGGAGGUUCGCCACCUCCUCCACCCCCACCACCUCCUCCUCCACCACCACCACCUCCUUCUCCGUUUUCUUCCAACUCCGGGUCUCUUUCCCCUCCGAAGCAUAAGUCACCACCAAGCAAGUCGUUAGAUCAUAAUAACAAGUCUAAUGAUCAUGGGACAGCCAUCAUUGUAGGAGUUGCUGUUGGAGCAGGGCUAUUACUUCUUGUCGUGUUAGUUUUCCUCAUAUCUUGCUGCAAACGAAAAAGGAGAAGGCCACGUGACCAAAUGGGAUACUACAGGGACAAUUCUCAUGGAGGAAAGAGUACUGACUACUAUAAUAGUGGACAAUAUGGAAAUUGGCAAAACAACAACAAUGUUCAAUCAAUUGAACAUAUGGUGAAGAUGCCUACACCUCAACUAGCAAGUACUAAUGUAAGUUCAGAACUAAGUUGGCCAAUAGCACCUCCACCACCACCACCAAUGAUGAGCAGUAGUGAUAUGAGCUCUGCUGCUUUCUCUGGUCCACAUCAACCUCCGUUGCCACCCCCACACCCAUCGAUGGCUCUUGGUUUUAACCAAAGCAGUUUCACAUACGAUGACUUAUCUGCUGCAACCGGAGGAUUUUCUAAGGCCAAUCUAUUGGGACAAGGCGGUUUUGGCUUUGUGCAUAAAGGAGUGUUGCCCAAUGGUAAGGAGAUAGCAGUCAAAAGUCUAAAAGCUAAUAGUGGACAAGGUGAACGAGAAUUUCAAGCUGAAGUUGAAAUCAUUAGCCGUGUCCAUCAUCGGCAUCUUGUGUCUUUAGUUGGUUAUUGCAUUGCUGGAUCUCAAAGGAUACUAGUAUAUGAGUUUGUUCCUAAUGGCACUCUUGAAUAUCACCUUCAUGGGCCUAGUCGCCCAGCUAUGGACUUCCCAACGAGGCUUAAAAUUGCAUUAGGAUCUGCCAAAGGUUUUGCGUAUCUUCAUGAAGAUUGCCACCCUCGCAUUAUUCACAGAGACAUCAAAGCUGCAAAUAUUUUGUUGGACCAUAACUGUGAAGCUAAGGUGGCUGAUUUUGGGUUAGCUAAGCUUUCCUCAGACACUAAUACACACGUAUCUACGCGUAUCAUGGGCACCUUUGGGUACUUAGCACCGGAAUACGCUUCAAGUGGCAAGCUGACUGAAAAGUCUGAUGUCUAUUCUUAUGGUGUUAUGCUCUUAGAACUUAUAACUGGCCGUCGUCCUAUUGACAUCAACAGCGAUGAUGAUACCAUAGUGGAAUGGGCUAGGCCGAUUCUCAUUCGUGCAACAGAGGGUGGAAACUAUGAUGAAUUAAUAGAUCCACGUUUGGAGGGAGAUUUUGAUGCCCAAGAGAUGCUAUGUAUGGUGGCUUGCGCUGCUGCAUCCAUCAGACAUUCUGCAAGAAGACGCCCCAAAAUGAGCCAGAUUGUACGUGCUUUAGAAGGUGAUGUGUCUCUUGAUGAUUUGAACGAGGGAAUGAAGAAGAGCCAUAGUGCAAUGUUUGGUUCUGGUGAAAGUUCUGAGUAUGACGGAGGUUCAUAUGACCUUAAGAAGUUCAAAAAAUCUGGAAUGUCGAGUCAAGAAUUUACUAGCAGUGAACAUGGUGUGACCGGUGAAUUUGUCCAUUCCGGUGAUGAAUCUCAAGAACUUGGGCACAAAAAACGCAGCCCUUAAGGAAAAUGGAACUUCUGAUGGGGGGCGGGCUAUAAGUAAUAACUUCAUCAUAGGCACAACACGCAUUUGCCAGGCUUACAUGGAUGCUUUAGGCAUCGAAAAACUGGUUUUCUAGUGGAAUAAUUGUGUAUUUCCACAACAAAUGUGAAACUCUAUUAGAGAUUAGACUGGGGGUGGUAAAGAGUAAAACAUGUCCCAACCAUUCUUUGGUUGGGUUUGUUUAUCAGUGGCAUCACUUUCUUUUGUUCGAGUUUGGGAGUUGGGAUACAAAUUGUGGAUUGGUUUAUAUAUAUAUUCCUUCAAUGUAUGUGCUAACUACUUAUUUAUUAAUCUUCUGUUUAUGUACUUCUCAUUAGUUAUAAGAAAAU